AUGGAUAACCCACAACAACAACAACAUCAACAACAACAACAACAACAACAGCAACAACAUCAACCUCAGUUCGGAACACUGGAAUCUCUCCGGUUUCGUAAAUCAUCUUCUUCCUUUGCUCAACAUCAACAACAUAGACAACAACAACAACAACUAUUACAACAAAAACAACAACAUCAACAUAAUCAAUAUCAACAUCUAAGAGAUCAAUUACAAAGACAACAAGAACAACAAGAGAGACAACAGCAGCAGUUCUUUGACUACCUGUCGCCAAACUCCUCGUCAUUUCAUUCAUCACCACCACCAAGCUCACCUCUGCCGCCAGAUGAUUCGCUGAGUCCUGACACCACAAUCAAUGUUGGUGUCACAGGUGGCAGCAGCAACAACUUCAACAACGACAACAACGACAUUAUACCGAUGACUACUACUGGCUCUCUAAACAUAUCAUUACCGACCGAUGUCAAUUUAACUAACUCCUCGACGACAUCGACCACAUCGACCACAUCGACCACAUCGACAUCGACAACAUCAACGACCACCAACAGCUCAACAAACACAUCAUCACCGCCAGUCUUCCCCAGCAGCCACAGCCAGAGCCCAAACAGUGGUAGCGCGACAACAUCAAAGCCAUCUGCAUCGUCACUGCCACAACAACAAUCAUCAGGCGAUGCAGUCACCUCGUCCACAUCUCAUCAUCUCUACAGCGUCAUGCCCAAUGAACAAGAGACGUGGAUAGAGAUCAGAGACAUCAGCUCAGAGAUAUCAAAGAUGGCAAAGACUGGUUUGGCCAACGGCAUCACCGAGGAGACGCUAGAGACUCUAAAGGAGAAGGGCACAGACUUGAUGAGGAUGAUUGACACGGUCACCCAACAAUUGGAAAGAAACACAGUGGAGGAGAGGACGCGCAUCAGCGUCCCUCUGAUGCGGCCCCGACGGUUCAGGAAGAAGAAGAAGACCAACGAUUCUAUUACUGCCCCCUCUCCACCACUACCUACACCUCACCAGGCAACAAACAGCACUACGUCCCCAGCCCUCAUCAGUAGCAGCGGCACCAGUAGCAGUGGAAGCAACACCAGCAGCAACGCCAGCGGCGGUAGCAACACCAGCGCCAACAGCAGUACUACUAGCGGCGGCAGUGGUAGUGGCUCCAACACUGGCAGCGGAAACAGUGGUGCCACGACUAGCAGUGGUGGAAACUCUGGCACCAACAACAACAUGGCAUUGGUGUCUGCUGACAUGACAACAAUCACAAUGUCAAGCCCAAACAUUAUCAUACCCCUGGAAGCACCUUCAAAGCAACAUGGACCAGUGGCACUGGGGACAGUGUCAAUGGUGUCUCGAAAGACUGGACCAGGUGUUAUUAUGACCUCGUUCACCUCGUCCAUCCCACCCGCGCUCCAGGACCAAGCAGGGCCUGGAGGCACAACCGAUCAUAACAAGAAGAGGGUGCUUUCUCCAUUCUGCACAUCUUGUGGUACGACACAAACGCCAGAAUGGCGCAAAGGUCCAGCCGGAGGUAAAAGUUUAUGUAAUGCUUGUGGACUGCACUAUGCCAAGUUGGUAAAGAAAGAGAUAAAGACAGCAAUGAAGGCUGCAGCCGAAGUACCUCCAAGCGAACGUGUUGGACCUGGAAGGAACAAGAAACUAAGCUUCACUCAAACAAACAAUCCAAACAAAAAAAACAACAACAAUAAUAAUAACAACAACGGCGGAGGAAGCGGCGGUGGCGGAGGAAGCGGGAACAACAACAGCAGCAGCUCAAGCUCCACAACAUCGAUGAAUGUGGAGAACCUCCUAAAUUGA